UUACGGUCUCAAACUUGUAGCGGUUUACGUUAGUCAUUGCAAUGAGGGACAAGGCUGAAGGUUUCGUGGUACUUUUUAUUUGAAUGUGUCUUUUACAGCCUGACACUCUCUGACUGUGUUGGGAGGAUGGACCCUGUAGUGUUGAGCUACCAGGACAGCCUGCUGCGGCGCUCUGACGUGUCCUUACUGGAGGGACCUUACUGGCUCAAUGACCAAGUCAUUGGUUUUGCCUUUGAGUAUUUUGCUGCUGAGCGCUUCAGAGUCCUGGGGGAGACCAUCAUCUUCAUCAGCCCGGAGGUCACCCAGUUCAUCAAGUGUGCUUCUUGCCCUGAUGAGUUAGCCAUAUUUCUGGAGCCGCUGGAUCUUGCUUCUCGUCGCUGGGUCUUCCUAGCUGUUAACGACAACUCCAACCAGACCGCUGGGGGAUCCCACUGGAGCCUUUUGGUCUACCAUCACAACUCCAACCACUUUGCCCACUAUGACUCUCAAAACGGCAGCAAUUCACUGCACGCACGACGCAUCGCCAGCAAGUUGGAGCCUUUCUUAGGUGCAGGUAGAAAAGCUCUGUUUGUGGAGGAGCCCUGCCCUUCACAGCAGAACAGCUAUGACUGUGGCAUGUAUGUUAUCUGUAUCGCCGAGGCCUUGUGCGAGAAGGCCAGGGUGGAGGGCUCACCACGUCUUCCUGUGCAAAUCAUCACGCCAGCCUACAUCACCCAGAAGAGGGCUGAGUGGUGCAGACUGAUCCAGAGUCUAGCUCAGAAUGACCUCUGCUGCUCUCUGUCUUUUCCUUAGCACGUUGAUUUCCCCUUAGUAUAUGCAGAGCAGCUGUCAGCCCCCACAUAUCUACUGCUGGAGCAUCUGAAUGCACUCCUUGAAUACAAUAUUUAACUAUAUAUGAAGUAUAUUUCUAUUACAGUCUAUUACAGUAUCAUACUCCAUAACAGAAAAAAGUUUAAAAACUAAAGCAAUGUUACGAAUCUUUAACGAUUCAUUGAGCAAUUGGUGUCAUGUUUAUCCCUUGUAUAUGCACAGCAACAUACAGUAUGUAAACAAGAACACCAGCAUGCCUAUAAAAUAGGAAUUUCCCCCCUUGUACAUAUUUAGUGAGGAUGGAGAAUAUGUCAUGCGGAAGAAGAGGCACACGCUUUUCUUUCCUCCACUUCAUUAGCUCGGAGCGAAUGUAGAAAUGUUUACACAGAUUAUUGCUCAGGGUCAUUUUAAAUGAACUAGAAUUGACAAUAAGAAUGUGCAUCUGAUCUUUGGCUCCUGCUUUAUGUCACACCUGUUUUGGUCACAUUCAUUUUGUUUCUCCGUUUGAACAGUUGUAAUGUCUGUAGCUGCAAACGUUCAGUUUUUAAGCAGUUCAAAGAAAACUGCUGCAUGAGGGUAAGAAAUGCACUGCGAGUGCUGCGAGUGGUGGAAUGUAUGUUAUGUUCUCACAUAAAGCGAGUAUUGAACUCAUUGUCUGUUGACCUAAUAAAUUUUACUGGUGUCACAUUUUUGUUGACAAAAUGCUAA